UUACCUCACUUGAAGCACGAGAAAAGUAGUGCUGUUAAUUCGGGAUAAUAGCAUGUCGGCCCAGUGUUGCAAAGCCAUAAACACAGGGAAAGCAGGCGGUUGUCCUCUUGCUAAUGUUGGAUCAGCUGAUUUUUCACCAAAAUGAGGUUCCGGUUUUGCGGAGACCUUGAUUGCCCAGACUGGGUUCUGGCUGAAAUCAGCACAUUGGCAAAAAUAUCUUCGGUGAAAAUGAAGCUUCUCUGUGCUCAAGUGCUGAAAGACCUUGUGGGUGAAGGAAUUGAUUACCAGAAGAUCACAAAGCUAACGUCAGAUGCCAGGUUUGAAAUCGGUGAUGUCAAGGCUAGUAUUGCAGUCCUGAGUUUCAUACUGUCCAGUGCAGCAAAGCACAAUGUGGAUGGAGAGUCCUUGUCAAGUGAAUUACAGCAGCUUGGUCUUCCCAAAGAACAUGCAACAGGGUUAUGCAAAUCAUAUGAAGAUAAGCAGACUGCAUUGCAGGAGAAACUAAAAGACUGCAGCUUAAGAUUAAACAAACUGGACUCUGUGUCUUGGAGAGUGGAUUACACAUUGAGCUCCAGUGAACUCAAAGAAGUGAACGAGCCCUUAAUUCACAUCAAGUUUAACAUUCGUAAUGUGGACGCAGGCAAGUUGGAGCCUACUGUAAUGUCAGUAUCUGCAGACAAGUUUAGAGUUUUAUUAACAGAACUCAGGCAAGCACAAGCAAUGAUGAAUUCCUUGAACUAAAACCAUUCCACACAGUUUGUCCUGGAACUGGAGAGGAGACAGUGAGCAUUUGAGAGCGUAGUAUUGUGCUGUCUGUCCCUUGAGAAACACCUGGUGGUUACAACAUUCUUUGUUAGUUCACUUGAGCAUAUGGCUCCUAGUUCUUCAAAUAAUUUGAUAAAUCGUUUAUAUUCAUAUAUUUUAUAUGAAUUUAUGGAAUUCAGAUGUUAACAUUACUGCUUGGCUCAAGGCAGAGAUAAUAUAAACAUUUCUGUGCUGAUGUCAUCCAUUUUGUAGCUUUUCAUUCUUUUUCUCAUUGUCUUAAACUAGCACAGGACAUUCACUGAGUUUGGGAAGGAAAAACUUUUUUUUUUCACCAACUGUCAUUUAGUGUUACAAGUUACUCAAACAUUCCACUUCAUGUACCUGUGCAUAGAAUCUUUUCAUGAACAGAGGAUAAGAGGUACAAUUACUGAUUGUGUCAUUCUGAAAAGUGCCCAGAUAUGUAGACUAUUUAUCAAUCUGAUGUUAUUUACUCAAACUGUGCAAAAGUAUAGCGCAGUUUCAUAUUAUUCCUUUUUAAAUGUGAAUUCAGUAUAAGUUCACAUAAGACUGCAUCUCCCUCAUUUGUCAGACAUUACCUGCAUAGCCAACAAAACUAAAUGCUAUUUUAUUGCAUCUGUCAGUGUUACUGCACUUAGUCCAUCUCAUUCUGAGUCCUUUCACGAGGGUACCUGGGUUUGUAACCUUGAUUGUGGAGAUUAGUGUGCAUCUUCUACAUGCUUUCAGACAUCUCUUUACUUUCUUCAGAUGUGUUUUCCUGUUAAUGUUGUGUUUUAUGACCUUUCAGUCUGUACUGCAUUUACAUUGGUCAUUGUUUAAUAGAAUAGACUGUAGAAUUAUUACCUCUGAGAAAUUGUUUUAUAUAUGAUAUACUUCUUUUAUACACUGCUGUGUUUACUACUGUUUACCCCAUAUGAUUUGUACCACAUACUUACUGAUUUAUAUUAACUGCAAGGCUCACUGUAGACCGUGUUAUAAAGAUGUACUGCAUAUGUAAUGGUUUGCACUCUAGGUCACCCCUGUAAUGUGGUAUUUGUCUCUCUAGAGCUAUUUCUGUAAAAAAAAAAAAAUUAUACAUAAUUAAAAUGUGUCCAAAGCUA